AUGACACGCCACGCUAAAGCCCACGAGGGUGUAAAAUUUCAGUGCGCACUAUGUCCAAAAAUGUUUUCACGUAAAGACAUGUGGGCUACCCACGUUAAAAUUGUUCACCACGAAGGAAGAGUCGCCGCACCGGCUUUCACCCCUGAGGCCGGACCGUCAACCGCCCCGCAGAAUACUGUAGCCCCGACACCUGUCGCCGGCCCAUCGAAAACACAAUGGACAACGGACGAGGAGGACGAUAAACUUUUUAUGGACUUUGAUAUGGACAUGGACAACAGUAAGUUUUUUUCGUUUUACCCCGCCACAUAAAUAGCAUUAUAGGUAGUUUUAUUUUUAUUAUUCGCGUAACAUAAUAUUUCCCGAUCGAGUAAUUUAUUAAAAACUCAUCAUACGGUCUGUGAAACGAUCAGUGGUACAAUAGUUGGAGUAUUCCGGCAUUGUAUCGAUCAAUUCACGCGUCGCAUCCUAUGGGCUAAUAGGGUAAUAGGGCCCGCGGGUCCCUCAUCACCCGAACAUCCGUGAAUUAUUCGAAUAUUUAGAAUUAGCAGCUAGUGAGAUGUCCGCUGGAUACACUUGA